CAACCGGAUUAUUCUGGAUUCUAGUACAAUUGACAAUAUCGUUUUUGAUCGUGUUUGCAUUGUGAUUUGUGCGAAGUGAUAAUGUGUGACAUCAAACAGAAAUAAAAAAAAACAAUGUACAACCGACUUUUGGGUUAAACUAAUCUGUGUUUCAAACACAAAAAUGGACGUGUGUGAUUAUUUACAUGGAUAUCUGAUUGAGACGGUGUUGUUUUAAGAAAUGGAUGACUGCCUGAUACAUCCAUUUAGAGUGAAAACAAAAACAGUCAUAGUCAGCUUAGGAUGGAUUUGAUAACGGACUUGUCGCCUCUGAGUCCGGGGCUGAUUGACGAGCUGGAGGCCUACAUGGCUCCCGUCGGGGAGGGCUACGCGCCACAGCCCCUGGAGACCAGGAGGAUGGGAAGCCACCAGCUACCAGAAAGUCCACCAGACUCCGGCUCAGAGAAUCCCUACAGCCCUUCAGAGCAAGUUCAACACGCGAUAUCACAUACGGUCCUUGGGGGCGAAUACAUGCUGGUCCAAGACCAUAUAAACCACGAAAUACUACAAGAAGGCAACUAUAUCUACGAGGAACUCAAAUCUGAUAAUCUUGACCACGAUGUCCUAAGAGAUAAUCUUAAUAAUGUAGUUGUAUUGCCGGCGGAUAAUAUGGUCGAACUUGGUAUAAGAGCGGUGAGGAAUGAUUUGGUUAUAGAUCCGUAUCAGACGAGGUAUAAUCAGAUGAGGGUGGACAUGAAUGAGCUGGAUCAAGGUCUGAUUAACCCACAGCUGGUGGCUUUGGGUCAUGAGGCUUUGACGCCUGUUUAUACUAAUUUGCAAGAGCCUAAUGCUAAAAAACGGAAACAUUCUCAGGAUGCGAAUUCUCAAGUUAAAUGCGAACCAGCGGCUCUGUCGCCCGAAAGCGUACCUCACCUCAGGGCAGCUCCUCCGUCCGUGGACGGAUCAGAAGCUGGUGAUGAUACUCCGCUGCAGUGCAUUAGGUUCUCCACAUUCCAGCAGAACUCUUGGCAUACGCUGUUCGAUGGCAGUUUGAAGCCUUUGCCCAUGAUCUCAUACGUGGUUGGAGCGGACAAGGGCUUCAACUACUCCCAAAUAGACGAGGCAUUCGUCUGUCAAAAGAAGAAUCACUUCCAAGUCACCUGCCAGAUUCAGACUCAGGCUGACGCGCAUUACGUGAAGACCGUUGAUGGUUUCAAGAAGAUUAACAGCUUCUGUUUACACUUCUAUGGUGUUAAGGCAGAAGAUCCAACUCAAGAAGUACGGGUGGAACAGAGUCAGUCGGACAGAACGAAGAAGCCAUUCCACCCAGUGCCCGUGGAACUACGUCGCGAAGGCGCCAAAGUGACCGUUGGCCGUCUCCACUUCGCGGAGACCACCAACAAUAACAUGAGGAAGAAGGGAAGACCUAACCCAGACCAGAGACACUUCCAGCUGGUGGUGGCCCUCAGAGCCCACACGGCGCACGCUGAGUUCAUGAUAGCCGCUCACGCCAGCGACAGGAUCAUAGUGAGAGCAUCGAACCCGGGACAGUUCGAGUCGGACUGCACGGAGAACUGGUGGCAGAGGGGGGUUUCAGACAACAGCGUCCAUUUCAAUGGCAGAGUUGGCAUAAAUACUGACAGGCCGGAUGAAUCGUGCGUUGUUAAUGGUAACCUCAAAGUGAUGGGUCGUAUACUUCAUCCAUCUGACGCGCGCGCAAAGCAUAACAUUCAAGAGUUGGACACGGCACAGCAGUUACGGAAUGUUCAGAGUAUUCGUGUAGUAAAGUUCAAUUACGACGCCUCAUUCGCUGAGCACUCGGGUUUGCUCGGCUAUGACCCCACUGCGUCGGCGCCGCAACAGGACACCGGGGUCAUAGCGCAGGAGGUCAGGAGGGUCAUACCGGAAGCCGUUAAGGAGGCAGGCGACGUGACCUUGCCUAACGGGGAUACUAUACCGAAAUUUUUGGUUGUUAAUAAGGACCGCAUUUUCAUGGAGAACAUUGGCGCUGUGAAGGAGCUGUGCAAGGUGACAGGGAACCUGGAGUCCAGGAUCGAUCAGCUGGAGAGGAUCAACAAGAAACUGUGCAAGUUCAGCAUUUUACAGCGUAGGGACAGUUCAAGGUCCAGCGUCAGCAAUGACUCCCGUUACUCGGCCAUUUCGUGCGUCUCGAAAAUCCCCAGCGAUGGCAACAUUUCAAUCGACCACAUCCGCGACAUCGCCCGCAACAUUCGCAAACACGAGUGUUGCCACAAACUCAGCCACAACUCCCCGAAAUACACCCGAAAACAGUGCAAAAACUGCCAGGGGAAUUCCAAAUAUGGGAAAUAUUAUAAUUACAAUAAAACAUGUGUACGCUAUCACACAACUAAGGAUGAGAAAAUGGAAAAUCUCGAGCCGAGAUACGUGGAGAGUGAAGUGGAUAGGAUCGAUAAGUUGCCAGAGGAGAAUUAUAAUACGGUCACAAAGAAAAAAGAUUAUCUGUGGCCGAGGGAAGAUGAUUUUUCGUAUGGCAACCCCAGAUUGCCUUUUUGCUGUAGGAAGGAGUAUGAUGCGAAUAAUGAGUUGAUUUCGAAUAAGUUCUUACAGAUUGUUAUUACGAUAUUGAUUUUCAUUAUGGCCGUAUGCCUUGUGGUGAUGUCGGCCUUAUACUUCCGCGAACACCAAGAGCUUCUUUCAAUAAAAGAGACGCGACUUCACGAGAAAUACAGCAAUUAUCAGCAUUACAACAAGUUUAACGUCAACAACGCGAUCAGAGCGCCGUCUGACGCCAACCAGAUAAAGAAUUCAAAACCGCUGGGUAACGAAUCGAAGAAGACAUUAAAAGAUAAAGGACCACAUAAGACAACUCAGGAGUACACGACCAGUCCACAGCAGCCACCUUCCACCAGCACCACCACGAUACUACUGCACACUUCUAGGAGUUAUCUGAACAACUACAUCAGCAACAAUAUCGAGCAAACCUCCCAAGCGCCGUUAGAACCGCCCCUCGUAUCGUCACGCACGUCUGACGUCAUCGGCGCUGGAUGCGCCUACCCUAACAUCAAUGAGCUGGACCCUGAUUGCCAGACGUCAUGCGGUAUAGACGCGCCACAAACUUACGAGACCCAAGAAGCUGACAGGACGAAAUCUGAAAAGGACAAUGAGACAUUCGCCAAACCUAUUGAACCAUUCAAAGAGAAAUUACCCAACAUACCAGAUACGCCUGAGAAAAAUAACUCUGAAACAUUAAAAAUAGAUGAAGCGUUGAAAGCACAAUUGCAUGAUGAAAUAAUAGCUGAAUCGAAUCUUCUAGAAUCGAAACAGAAUGUGACUGAGGGCAGGAUGAAGAGGGGAGUGAGUUUUGGGGUGAAAAGGGUUUCGAGACAGACGAGCCAGGCUGUGUUGAAGGGCUCGUCUGAAGAAAUGAAUUUGAGUGAAUCAGAAUGCGACGAAGUCAGUGUCGGCAUAUCGAGCCAGUCCAUCACCAACGCAUCCCUGUUCACAGAGGAGGUCUGCCCCGGUGUCUCCCACAUAUAUAACUACACAGUCAUCUUGUCUCACUGUCUGAACCAUAAGAACAUCGAUAUUAUAUUCAGGUCAACGAAACACAACCACUUCCAAAGGUGCGACUUUCACGACUGCAACCACGACGCGAACUGCCGUAAGUUGGUGCUGACUGCGGAUAAGUGGUCUGCGAAAAUGCCGUUACAUGCCGAUUGUAACGUGGACAGCGUCAUGAGGAUUAGGACCGCCGUGGUGCAUAUUGAUGAUAUUUGCAGUUUAACCCCGAAGGACAAGAUAAAUUAUCUGGAAUACAACAUUCGAUUGUAUAGGGACUGCCAAAAUUAAAA